AUGUCCAGUGAAGAUUACGGUGCUACAGGACAGGGCGGUUCGCACCCCCUGAGCCAGUCACAGUCUUCAGCUCAAGAUGAUACUGUGCUGGCCAAUGAUACCGUGGAGAGUGAGGUGCCGCCUCGAAAGAAGGACUUCCGCCACCGAAGAGUGGGCGCUGAUGUUGAGAACCAGCCUCUGCUGACCCCGGACGAUCCUGGUGUCAGUCCGCUGAACGUGAAGAACGUGAAGAUCGCCAAGUUUGUGCUUAACGGGUUCACCAUCUUGAGCACGCUGUGGCUUAUCCUGUUGCUUCUCUCUGAUUUUGUUAGCAUUCCUGGGUUCAACAACAGAGGCCGGUCCUUCCUCGAGAUCAACUUCAUCUUGAUCAGCUUCUUCUCAACGUGCUCCACUCUUCUGUUCUUUACCGUCCCGUCUGAGCUGGAGAGGGUACUGGGUUACGUCACUUCAGCGUUCCUUGCCUUGAUCCUCGUUGUUCUUUUAGUCGUUGAAAGAGGUGAAAUGGGGCUCAUUGGAUUCUUUACUGGGCUCUGGGCCCUUAUCACCGUGGGCUCUACGAGUCUGUAUUCAUCCCCGUCACCGGUUUCGCUAUCCAUAAUAUCUGAUUUGCUGGCACAGGCUCUUGCAAAGUUGAAGAUCCAUGGCCCAUUUGUUCUUGUUGGCCAUGACAUUGGUGGGUUGUACUCACAGGUGUUUGCGUCUAGAAACAUUGCCCAAAUCGAUUCGAUCUUAUUCGUCGAUGCAUGGCAUGAGGAUCUGUUGCUUCGUAAUCCAAGUUCCCACGCAAAGAAAGACGAGCCACUGCCUAAGGAGAUCAGUCCUAUGGGUCCUUAUUCAGGUUUCAAACUCUGGGUGAAGGGCAUCUUCAGCCCACUGGGAUUCUCAUUACAAGGCUCAUGGAUUAUCAAGCAUCGUGGAUCAAAAGAUCGUAUUUACGGGAGAAACAUGAGACACCAGGGGAAGUACCUACGUGCUAGGUUACAAGAGCAAAUUGGAGCAUCUAUUCUUUCAUACAAUGAGGCUGUUUCUGCUAAACAGGCCUUGGUUGAUAUUCCUAUAAGCGUUGUCAGCUCGGAUAACAUGAUCAAGAGAAGUCUAAACUGGGGGAACUGGCAAAGACUGUUGACAAAGAUAAGUUCCACAACGUAUGAGUGGAAGAUUGCCGAUGGUGGUCAUGAGAUGUGGAAGACACCAAAGGGGAAGGAGCAACUUCAAGAUGUUCUUCUAAGACUUCUCGAGAGAUAG